UGCCUCCCCUGCUUUUCGCUGCUUCUCCACCUCCCCUGUUUUCCUCAUGCAUGGAUUCUUGCCGCCCAGCUCUCCCUGCAUAAGUUUCUUCUCUUCUUCCAAGAUGAUGUUUCUGCUAAUCAAACAUGCUUCUUCUCAUCUUCCGUCAUAGUAAUCUGGAUGUUCCUUGCACACUUUUCAUGCUUGAUUUUGGUUUUUUCCUCUCCUGAUUCAUCGCCCUGAACCAAGCAGGAAUUUUGUCCUUGUUGUUGUGGCAGGAUAGGGACGAGGAGGGAGAAGAAGGGGAUAAAAGUCUUGUGACAUGGCUUCGCCGUUUGAUCCUGCUCCUGUGCCUGGAGGGAGAUGACGACACGAGGCCUCGUCAAUCUUCAGACAUUCUUGCAGUAGCUCUAGGAGGAGCUGCAGGAGGUUUGGCAUUAGUUGGUGCCAUCACACUCAUUGUAGUGCUAUGCCUACGGCACCGCAGAAGGAAUUCAGAUUCUUCAGAGAGUAAUUCGUCGGGUCAAGCUCUUUCAGACGUGCAAGGAGCAAGAUGUAUGACACUGGAGGAACUAAGGUCUGCUACAAAUAACUUCAGCAGCUCGAAUCUCGUCGGACAUGGAAUGUUUGGAGAAGUAUACAACGGUUUGCUACAGGAUGGCACAAUUAUAGCGGUUAAAAGGCGGCAUUCUCCUCCUAGCCAGGAGUUUCUUCAUGAGGUUAAUUACCUGUCGUCGAUCCGUCGUCACCCCAACCUUGUAAAUCUCUUGGGGUAUUGCCAGGACAAUGGCAUGCAGAUGCUUGUUUAUCAGUAUGUCCCCAAUGGCAGCAUUUCUACGCAUUUGCAUGGCAACGGCAAUUCUCCAACGGUGAGGCUAGAAUUCAAGCAGAGACUUGCUAUUGCUCAUGGAACCGCUAAGGGGUUGAGUCACCUGCAUUCCAUGACCCCUCCUGCUGUUCACAUGAACUUCAAAACUGCUAAUGUCCUGGUGGAUGCGGAUUUCGUACCAAAAGUUGCUGAUACUGGCAUCCGAGGCCUACUUGAUCGACUAGGCAAUGCUGGGCCGCCUUCAAUGAUAUUCAAUGAUCCAUUCGUCGACCCCCGGGGGAAGGAGUCCAUGAUUUUUUCCAUACAGAGUGAUGUCUACAGUUUUGGUGUGUUCCUUGUGGAGUUGAUCAGUGGAAGGACGGCUGCGUCUGAUCAAGGCAUUAUUGAAUGGGUUCAAAACUUUCAAGAAUCAAGUGAUAUCUCUACAAUAGCAGAUAGGAGAAUGACCAGUGGCUUUACCCCACAAGGCAUGAAGGAAUUGUUGCGCUUGGCAUUGCGGUGCGUGAACCCGACAAGCGAGAAUCGUCCGUCGAUGAGCCUGGUGGAAGCUGAGAUACACCGGAUACGCGAGCAGGAGAUCAGGAGGACGACAGGCAUGCCAGUGGGCGACACAACUGUGACCCUAGGCAGCCAGCUCUUCACAUCACCAAGAUGAAGAAGCAUGGAAAGUUAUAGCAUUUCAAAGGCUAAGCUAGGUUUCCUCUUUCAGGGUUAUAGAUUAGCUAUUCUAGCUCCAAUUUUGCCCCAUUAGUUUCUUCUCAUAUUGAGCCAGCUCAUCACCAGCUGUGCAACUCAAGUGUACAAAAAAGGAGGAGCUGUUAGGCUUCCCUUUUCACCCCUGGUUUAUUUUCUUCGUUAUUCAACAUAGGGUUUCAACUUGUACAAAAAAGAAUGACAAUUCUUUUUUGCUAGACUUUUGUAACACCGAGAGAGUAGCGCCAAACUGGUAACUUUAUAUAUCUCUACAAUUUUAGACA